UUGCUACGAUCUCCGAGAUGAAAAACGUUCUGGCGGCGACGAUCAGCAAAGAGGGGGGGGAUCGGACUCUGCAGUGGAGCUACGAGAUCCUCCAGCACUGGUUGAACCUGGCGUUCCACGAGAAGGGUCGAGAGCUCGCGCUAGAGACCCUGAAGCAGCUCAAGGCGUCGGAAGCGCACAGGCCCAAGGGUCAAGAGGACGACGGCAAUGGGAAGGGCAAGCUGCUGUACACGAUCAACCCGAUGCCGAGCAUCAGGGCGGCCAUGGGCGUCGAGAGGGUCCCCAAGGAGAAGGACGAGUUCGAGAUGGACGAGGACGGGAACCCAGAGAGCAUGAAGGACGGGGAGGGGCAUCAGAAGGACGAGCUGGACGACUACCACCCUCCCUACCUGAAGUAG